GCACAACUACAAACACAUUGUAAUUACAAUCUAAAUCUCAAUCUCAAUCUCAAUCUCAAUCUACAAUUCCAUAAGAACAACAUAUAAUUCAACAAGUUCUAUCUAGGUAUGAUGAAGUUGAUGUGCUCGGUUCUCGUCGCGGCCGCAUUUAUCGCUGCCAUUGCUUCGCCAAGUGAGGCCGCGAUCGGAUGUGGUGCAGUGGUUUCGUACCUCAAACCAUGCCUCCCCUACCUGACCGGGAAGGGUCCCCUAGGGGAAUGUUGCGGCGGCAUAAAUGGUCUCUAUGGCUCUGCCAAGACGACGCCAGACAAGCAGAGUGUUUGCAACUGUUUGAAAUCCCUUGCCAGCUCAUACCCUGACGCGGACCUCGACAAGGCUGCCGGCCUCCCCGGCCAAUGUGGUGUCAAUAUUCCGUACACAAUUAGCCCUUCUACCGAUUGCUCUGAGGUGCAGUGAGCGUUGAUCACAUGAUGCAGAUUUGCAUUUUAUUCCGACAAAAUCUACAUAUAGAAUUAGUAUGAAUAAAACAAAGGCUUUAUGGCUUUUACUGAUUGUAAUCUUUAAUGAAUGUGAUAGCUAUGUUUUUCAAGAAUAAUGGGAGUACUAUUUAUUUUAGUUCAA